GUGUAAAAAAGCGACGAAUUUAUGCAUUCAAACCUCUCCGGUUAUUUCAUUAAAUGUAUUGAUGCUUGCAUUAAGUUGGAGUUUCACCGUUGUUCUGUCACAUUCGAGAUUACCGGGACUCCCUCCCUUGUCUGAGUCAGUGAGCGAGUUUUUAGGUUGCGGUCACUGCGGGAGAGAGACCAAGGGGCACGCUGGCAACAGACAAGUUUGAGAUGGACGUCCACCUAUCUGUCAGCUUCCUGCGGGCGCAGCUGGGCGGGACGAUCGAGGAGGCGGUACGGACCGCCGUGGAGACCGUCCUGUGUGAGACGGUCCGACUGCUGGGGGGUCAGCUGGGGGCUCUGCAGGGCGCCAGCGCCGAGAGGGACCAGGAGACCCAGAGCCUGAAGCUGCGUCUGGAGGCCAGUGGGGGUGACUGGAGGGUGGGCGGCGGGGGCUUCUCCGACGCGGAGCUGGGGCUCGGUAAGAAGGCCAGUAAGAGCUCACUGAGCCGGACUGGCGGCGGCGCUCAGAAGCCCGUCAACAAUGGGGGAGUGUCGGAGCCCCCUGUGCUGGUGGAGCAGGGCGACUGCGGGGGAUUUCCUGACCCCUUCGACAUGGUGUCCGCUGGACCCACCGUGGAGGACUUUGAGGACGGGCAGGACAUGGGGCUCCCGACAGACUGGGAGCUGAUGAACAGGGUGUACAAGGCGGAGCACAGUGAGGGCGUGUCCCUCAUAGACGAGGGAGGGACGGCACACUAUGCCGAUGAGUACCUGUUACACGGCCGGGACCUGAAGAUCAUCACUGUGCCCCUGGAGGAGGAGAUGUCCGAGCUGGACGCCUCCGAGCCGCGGGACCACCUGCCUCCGUUCAGCCCAGGUGACGUCAAGAAGGAGCUCCCCGAUGCGCAGACCUCUGCUAUGGUAGAGGAGGCUCCCGUGCUGCCCCUUGGUGGUGAGUGCGGGGAGACGGGGGAGGCUGGCCCGCCGGUGGAGUUCGGGCCGCAGAACUACGUGGAGCAGCUGCGCCUCUGGCUGGAGCGCCUCUGCCCGGAGGUGAUCCGGGAGUACGAGAGGGAUGGCUGCCUGUGCGAGCUGUCCCGCCGGAAGCUCAUCAAGUUCGCCGUGUCCUUCAUCAUGGAUGAGUUCGGCUUCUACCCCACCUCUGCACAGAAGACCAUGUUGGCUGAGCACAUCGUGGAGCUUUUCCCCGCCCUCAGGCUGUGUGUGCCUUCAGCUGGGAUCAACGGCAUUGAGCACCUUUACGACCCCAUGUCGCGGACGGGCUACAUCGAGACGCGGCUGCGCAACUUCCGGCGCACCCUGGAGGCCGACAAGAAGAAGUACGUGCUGAAGCGGCGGCGCGCGGAGCUGGGCCUGGCCGACCCCAAGCCCAAGUCCGAGGAGCAGGCCAGCGAGGAGACCCGCAAGUGGGUGGCCCUGAUGAAGAAGACCCGCCCGCUGAGCAAGAACCUGCCCACCAUCCGCAGCGGCAUGGAGCGCACCUUCGCUGCCCGCCGGAAGUGGAUGAGCAGCAAGCGGCCCAGCGUCAGUGCCGUCCUGGCGGAGUACCCCCGCUUCCUGGACGUUCCCUCCACGAUUGACCUGGAGUUUGAGAAGAUGUUUCCAGGGAAAGGGGAUGCCUUCCUGACCAAGUGGUCCUCCUGUGUGCUGACAAAAGUGCGCCAGAUCGCUGAGCGGGAGAAGCACCCAGAGAUCGCUGCGCUUCUCCAGCAGGCCGGGUCCCAGCAGGGAGAUGCCUGCACUCUUACCAUGCUGAAAGUGCUGAUCCAUUUGCUGCCUCCGACCAACACCGGCAGAGCCUCCCUGCCCACCAAGUGCAGCAUCAAGCAUGCCAUCCGCUACCUGGUGGAUUUCGCCCCUGUGGACACCAAGGUGUCCUCACUGUUCUGUGACCCGGGUCCCCCAGAAGGUCCGGCGCUGAGCGACCAGGCCAAGCCGUACAUUCUUAGCAUGGGGCCCCUGGACACCCCCGGUCGGCAGCUCUACAUCUUGGCCCCCGCCGAGCGGGUGGCGGUGCCCCUUCUGGAGGACAGCUUGAUCAGUGCGGUUGACAAGCUCUUCAAAUUCCUGCGGGUCUUCAACUUGGGCUACCCCAUGCAGUUGAGCUCCCUCUACAGCUUCCUGGAGCACUUGUACGGCAUAGAGAAGCCCCACAGCACCGCCAGUGGCAAGAGGUCGAAAGUGCUGGAACUGGUGUCACGGCUUCACGCGCUCUCCUGACAGAACGCCCGCUGUGCGACUUGAGCUCACCUUUGUGACUUACCUGGUUCUGUUCCUCUUGUCGCAUUUCUUUGCCUCUUCCCUCUGGAUUGUUGCUGGAGGAUUAUUUUGUAAUUACGAUUAGUGUAUUGUAGGCACUUGAAAUAUGGAAUUAAUAUAUACUGCAAGGUUUUCCAUCAGUGUAUUACAGUGAGUUGCAGUUUUCCGGUGUUGGCUAGUAUAA